CUUAGCUUCCCCUCAGAAAGAAAAAAGAAACACUAUAAAUCUAGAGGAUCAAGAUGAACCAUCACCACAACUUAACAAAUAUUGACAUUAGUUUUAAUCUCUGUGUAAACUUCUCCACGUGUACAUUGUACAAGGAAGGCUGAAAAACAUCGUUGCAAUACAAGACAGAAGGAAACAUGUGGGGAAUUAAUGGGGUUUAUUGGGCGCUCAUUGUCUUGGGUAUGGAGGCCAUUGGUAAUGUAAUAGUUAUCGAAGCUGCCAAUAAAGAAGGGAUGCCAUUGAGGCAUGAGAAAAACGAUUUAAACAAAAAUGAGAUUCGAAAUCGGUAUAACAUUGAAAAACAUGGAUACCAAGGGCUUACAGCAGGUGGUUACGGGGGAGGAUCGGGAAGCACAGGCACUGGCAUUGGGUCAGGCGUUGGUUCUGGUUAUGGUGGUGGUGCUGCUGCUGCUGCUGGAGGCUAUGGGGGAGGUAGCGGCGGAGGCUUUGGAGGAGGUGGUGGCUAUGGUUCUGGUGGAGGAGGACUUGGCGGUGGGUCCGGUGGAGGAUUUGGAAUGGGAAUUGGCUCUGGAUCCGGGACUGGAACUGGAGCUGGAGCUGGAACUGACUGGGGACAUAAUGGUGGUGGAAGUGGAUUUGGCUCUGGCUCGGGUUGGGGUUCUGGACCAGGCUAUGGAAACCAUGGUGGUUCCGGUGGAGGGGGAUACAAUCAUGAUGGCUCCAUGGUUUAGGCCUGGAGGGACUUACAAUGAUUUAUCCAAGUGUAGCGUAGAGAGUUUCAGGACCAAACAAAAUAAAAUCUCUUAGUUUCUUCUUAUGUUUAGUUUGCCAUCCGUGAUGCUAUAGUUAUACAGGCCAUAGCUAUGUUAUGUAAUAAGUCUCAGCGUUGCAGUUAUGAAAAGAAGCGUAGACUUUUGGCCUC